CUGUGCAGCUCCCCUACCGCGGGAGCUGUGACCUCGGAUACCUCAGACAUGCGACUGACAGGCCGUUCCCACGUAGAUCACCAAUGCGAGAGCGUCAGACAACUGAACUCUCAACUACCUGACUAAAACCACGUUGAGAGAACUACCACCACUACUAGAGAGAAACACAGACAGAAAAAAGUGUCCAUCGUCAAAGGCUGAAGUCUGUGAGGCGGCGGCGAGGCCAGUUCUUUUCCCUCCCGAGUGGGACACAUGGCUUCCAACAGCAUCUUCGACACAUUCUCCAGCUACUCGCCCAGUUUACUGCGAGACCCGAGCACGAGCAGACGGUUCACGCCGCCCUCCGCCUCGUUCCCGUGCGCUAAAGUGACCGAGAGCCCGAGCAUGAACGCGCCGGGUCCGCUGCGGGCCAGCCGGCCUCUGGAGAGCCGCUCCGUGGUGGACGUGCUGGCGGAUCACGCCGGAGAGCUGGUGCGCACCGACAGCCCCAACUUUCUCUGCUCGGUGCUGCCGUCACACUGGAGGUGCAACAAAACCCUGCCGGUGGCUUUCAAGGUGGUGGCUCUCGGUGACGUUCCUGACGGGACUCUGGUCACGGUGAUGGCGGGAAAUGAUGAGAAUUAUUCCGCGGAGCUGAGGAACGCGUCCGCCGUCAUGAAGAACCAAGUGGCGCGAUUCAACGACCUGCGUUUUGUGGGCAGGAGCGGCAGAGGAAAGAGCUUCACUUUGACCAUCACUGUGUUCACUGGACCACCCCAGGUCGCCACAUACCACCGCGCUAUUAAAGUCACCGUGGACGGACCUCGAGAACCAAGACGUCACCGCAUGAAGCCGGACGACCCUCAUAAGCAGUUCUCCGACCGCCUGAGUGACAUCGAGCGUUUCCAGAGGGCCAGUAUGAGGAUAAACCCUGGCAACGGGACCACCCGCUCCCACCAGACCCAUUACAACCCCUCCAACUCCACACCGAUACCAGCAUUAUGGCAAGAUCAGAUGGACCCCCCUGCACUGAAGACUUGCAAAGUGGAAGACGACUUACGCUGGUCAAGUACGGAUCUGUUCCCUCAGAGGACGUCCUUCCCAUCUCUGUCUCCAUUAACGGCUCCUCGAUUCUCAGAUUCACACAUGCAUUAUCCGGGUCCCUUCACUUACUCUGCCAACCCGUCCAGCACUGGAAUCGGCGGUCUCAGCGUGGCCGGGAUGCCCACCUCCAGCCGCUACCACACCUACCUGCCACCUCCAUACCCCGGCAACCAGAACCAGAACUCCCACUUCCAGACCAACUCCUCGCCGUACCACCUGUACUACGGCACCGGAUCCGGCUCCUACCAGUUCUCCAUGGUUCCGACCGGCGGUACCGGAUCGGGAGGCGACCGGUCGCCCACCCGUAUGCUGACGUCCUGCACCGCGGCGGGCGGAGCCGGAGGCACUGGGGGCGGAAGCAACAGCCUGCUCAGCGCCAGCCUCGGCAACCAGAGCGAUGGUGUGGAUGCUGACGGCAGCCACAGCAACUCGCCCACAGCCAUGAGUGCGUCCACACGCAUAGACGAGUCCGUCUGGAGGCCUUACUGAGAAAGACUGAGAGAAGAAGUCGAAGUUUAGAGUAGAGGUGAAAAGUCUUGCAUGUUUGAUCGUUUUGUUUCUUCAUCCUCCUAUGACAUGUCAAUUGCUUCUUAGACCACCAAAGUGAACCGAUGACCAGAAAUGAGUCUGGACGCUCCAUACGGGACAGAAAUGGACCUCCGCUGAUCAAAACUAAAGGAGGACAGAAGUCUCAGAAUGAUGAUGUAUAUAGAAAGAUUAUAAUUAAGAAAAGGCAUCCCAUAGUAAUAUAUCAGCAACUUUUCUUACUAAAAAAGCUGAAAAACCAAAGAAAAGACAUUCUGAUGAGCCUGUAUCUGAAAAAAAAGCCAGUUUAUCCAGCCUUUAAAAACCAAUCUGCCUGAACGCUGUAAUUCCCAGAGUGCUUUGCGACCACGAAACGUGUCGUGCAGACAGUAUGAAAGAGCUUCACAGAGCUGCAGGACUGUGGGACUUUUAAUGUGUAAAUAUGAGGAUAAACAAAGAUGCUAGCCAUGAGUUUCAGGUACUUUCCAAACUUGCUAAAAUAGUCUUGAAAUGGUGAGAUGUGAUCCUAUAAAUACAAGUGUGGAGCUUUGUGAGAUGUUAUGUCAGUGGGUUUUUCAUAGAAACGGAUUUAGGGUGAAUAUCACAAAACCUGUCAGGAACAUAUUCAGGUCAUGUUUAAUGAGAAAUUAUAUUUUGCAUGACUACAAUGAUGCUCAUUUUUAUUUUUUUUUAGAACCAUUCAUUAUUGCAUUUGCAUUGUGACAUUGUUUGAAGCACAUUUGACCCUUACGUUCUUAUUAUUGAAAUGCAAAAAAAAAAAAAAAAAAAAAGAUAUAUUAUUUCAUUUGCAAAUCAUCUGAAUUUACAUCAACUUAGGCAUCGUUUUCAUUAUGCAAAAAUAUUUUUUGCUUUGAUUUUAGGGUGAAAUAUGAUCUAGAUGUGCUUUGGUGAGAUUCACCCUUCAGUUGCAGGUUCUCGAUUUGUAGAAACGUAAAACAGUGUCACAAACAGACAGGUUGUUGAUUUAUUUUUAUUUUUUCUUGCUUCAUACCAAAAUCACAAACAAUUUAUUCAUCUUUGAACUUGUGGAGAGUUUUUUUUUUUAUAGCUUUAAGAGUAUUUUUUUUUCUCAAUGUUGAUUGCUUUUUAAGACUUUCUUCAGACUAUUGAUUUGAGCUCAGUUUUAAUGUUUUUUUUUUUUUUUUUUUUUUUUUUGAGCCAAAGAGUUUCUAUUUUGUUCGUUUCCAGGUCACAAUCAUUUCAUGUUAGUUUUUUAUUUUUCUUUGUUUUAAUAUAAAAUUGGAAGUUGUGCUACUGUAAUAUAUUCUUUCUAAAUUAUACAAAAGUUUUAAUGUAAUGCCUAUGUUUUCCAAUGCAGCUUUAAUGCACUAAAAGAUUUAUUUAAGAGGUUCGAUGUCCUUGUUAAACCACAUAAUGAGACAUUCUUACCGGAUUGAAUUCCACGUGAUAUUCAGUCAUGUGCCUGAAAGGCCUCAACCAUCACAAGCCAAAGAGUCCAACAAUCACCUGUUGUCAUUCCACAUCUCUAAAGUGUGAAAAAUAUGUUGCUCUAAGCACCUACAUUAUGAGUCUAUUUUACCUACCUUGUUCUUGGAAUGACUGAAAUCAGAGACAAUAAUUGGGCACGUUUGAAAGGAGAUCGCCCGUGAUUAUUUGAAUAACAAAACCAUGCACAAGCUCCUACAAGGAGGGUAAAGUGGCCAUGACACACACACACAUACACACACACACACACACACAUACAUCCACGUAACAGGUGUAAGUGAAUAUUUCAGAGCAUAACCCAGAGGUUUUUCCCAUGCUCACACCUGCUGCCAUCACCUGAGGGCCAUGAGCCCCAAAAGAGCAAAGGAAACAAGUAGAAAGAUGGAUGAAGAGAGACGUAUCUCCUUUCGCAAUCACUGGUCAUCCUUCAGGCCUUGUUAUCCAAGCAGAAGUGCCCGUGUUCAGCUUGAUUCACGGCCGCUUUGAUGCCUUUAUGUGGGCGGUUAUUUUCCUUCCCAUUGUGCCUCUGCUUGAUUAUAGCCCCAAGCUGCAGGCUACAGGAAGGAUGGAUUCAAAAUGUGAGCUGGUCUAGUUACAUGCGGGAGUCGAUUCUCUCCUGCAAGGACUUCUGGGUAAUAGAAACCCUGGGUAAACUAGUUGCUUCUGUGCCGUAUGAUUCUCUCUCAGUGCCUCGGUCUGAAUCUAUUAAUGUGUGUGGAUAUCAAAUCCUGUCAGUGUAACAGCUGUAUUUUCUCCAAAGAGUUUGAGAUGGAUCAAGCUAAAUUAAGAUUUGCUGACCCCAAAUCAUACCUAUUUAUUUCCACUGUAUCAAUACUGUUUGUGUGCUUCUGCACUGAACAAUCUACAGACAUGAAGGUUCUGUUCCAAAACCUAACUUUUGAAAAUAAAGGUUAUUUACAGGCAUUGAAGGUUCCGUGAAGAAUCUUUCAAAUCCAUGGAAACAUUCCGAAGAGGAAAGCAUUCUUUAGAUUUUUAAAAAUGUUAAAAAGGCAGGAAAAUAAAUGGUUCUGUUCACCUAAGGGAACCAAAACAUUUUUUUUCUAUGCAUUGCUAGGAAGACACCCUUGUAGAACCUUUAUUUUUAAGAGUGUAGUGAGCUCCCUAUGUAUGCAACACACAAUCUGUUCCAAAAAAAAGUAUGAGCGGUGCAAAUAUGCCUGUGGGUUUCUCCCUAAAUCAGUCACUUAUUUCAAGGCAUAAGUCUAUGUGGCUAGCAGUAGGUUUUGGAACACAACCCAAAUGUUGCCAGUGAAGUGAAUAUCACGAGUCGUGGCAUUUGUUAAGUGCACAGAUCCUUAUAAUGCUGAAAGAGUUAAAACACACUCCUGUUGAACAAAUUGUCUUUUUCACUCAUUGUACGUUUGUAAUUAUGGUUCCAAAAUAUGCUCUUUUGUUCCUUCAUUGUGUGCUAAUGAUGUAGUUUUUUUUAUGCAUUUUAAUUAAAAAAAGAUCAGGAUUUGUUUGUCAUUUUGAAUUUCAUUUACUUAAUGUUUAUGUUUUUGUAAUUCAGCCAUUGAUUUUACAAUGCCACAAAAAAAUUAUAUAAAUUAAAUUUCCUCAACAUU